CCCCCACCCCUCUCACCGUAAACAUCUGGUUUCCUGGUUGACCGGGGGACUUGUCCCGUCUUUUCAUCGAGAAAGGGCUGUGGGUCAUGCCUCAGGUGCCAUGCGUGUUGCCAUGGUGACCAGGCCCGGUGGCCCCUCCCCCCUCCUCCCGUGGUUGGUCCAGCUCUUGUUGUGGUUCCACCCCUAUGGCGCUCAGCUGGCGGGCGCCGCCCCCCCGUGCCCCUCCCCCUGCACCUGCUCUAAUCAGGCCAGCCGGGUCAUCUGCACCAGGAAGACCUUAGACCAGGUGCCGGAGAGCAUCUCAGAGAACACACGAUACCUCAACCUCCAGGAGAACUCCAUCCAGGUGAUCAAGUCGGACACGUUCAAACACCUGCGUCACCUGGAGAUCCUCCAGCUCUCCAAGAACCACAUCCGGCAGAUCGAGGUGGGGGCGUUCAACGGCCUCCCCAACCUCAACACCCUGGAGCUCUUCGACAACCGGCUGACCGUGGUCCCCUCGCAGGCCUUCGAGUACCUGAGCAAGCUGCGGGAGCUCUGGCUGAGGAACAACCCCAUCGAGACGCUGCCGGCGUUCGCCUUCCACCGAGUCCCGUCCCUGCGUCGUCUGGACCUGGGGGAACUCAGGAAGCUGGACUUCAUCUCGGAGGCGGCCUUCGAAGGGCUGGUCAACCUAAGGUACCUCAACCUGGGCAUGUGUGGUCUGAAGGACAUCCCCAACCUGACGGCCCUGGUCCGCCUGGAGGAGCUGGAGCUGUCGGGGAACCAGCUGGGCAUCGUACGGCCCGGCUCCUUCCAGGGGCUGGUGUCGCUGAAGAAGCUGUGGCUCAUGCACUCCAGGGUGUCUGUCAUCGAGCGCAACGCCUUCGACGACCUGAAGAACCUGGAGGAGCUCAACCUGUCGCACAACUCGCUGCACUCGCUGCCCCACGACCUGUUCACGCCGCUGCACCUGCUGGAGCGCGUGCACCUCAACCACAACCCCUGGGUGUGCAACUGCGACGUGCUGUGGCUGAGCUGGUGGCUGAAGGAGACGGUGCCCAGCAACACCACCUGCUGCGCCCGCUGCCACGCCCCGCCGGGGCUGAAGGGGAGGUACAUCGGCGAGCUGGACCAGAGCCACUUCACCUGCUACGCCCCGGUCAUCGUGGAGGCUCCGACCGACCUCAACGUCACCGAGGGCAUGGCGGCCGAGCUCAAGUGUCGCACGGGGACGUCCAUGACCUCCGUCAACUGGCUGACGCCCAACGGCACCCUGAUGACCCACGGCUCGUACCGCGUCCGCAUCUCGGUCCUCCACGACGGCACGCUCAACUUCACCAACGUCACUGUGCAGGACACGGGCCAGUACACCUGCAUGGUGACCAACUCGGCCGGGAACACCACCGCCACGGCCGUGCUCAACGUGUCGGCGUCGGACCCCAGCAACAGCUACAGCUACUUCACCACCGUCACCGUGGAGUCGGUGGAGACGGUGCAGGAGGAGAACUCGGCCCGGCAGUACAUCAACGAGACGCUGAUCGAGUUCCCGAGUCCCACCAGUCAGGGCGGACUGAUGGAGGGGGUGACCAUCUCCCCCUUGCUGUCCUCCCUCCCCCCACGGGCCAACGUCGGCCCUGAGAAGACGGUCACAGACUCCUUUAUGGAGGUCACCAACAUACCGGGGCUCGACGACGUCAUGAAGACCACCAAGAUCAUCAUCGGUUGCUUCGUCGCCAUCACCUUCAUGGCGGCGGUGAUGUUGGUGGUGUUCUACAAGCUGAGGAAGCAGCACCAGAUGCACAAGCACCACGGGCCGGCCCGGGCCAUAGAGAUCAUCAACGUGGAGGACGAGAUCGGCGCCGGCACGGGCAGCGGCAUCUCCGGCGGGUCGACCAUGCACGGCGGUGGCGGCGACGGGACCCUGAGGAUCCACCAACCGGAGAUGGUCAACCUCCCCAACGUGGGACGCUCGGACACACUCAACCACUACUACAAGACCCACCACUUCAACAACAACGUGAUGGGCCUGAGCAUCGGCAGCGACGGGAUGGGACACGGCGGGAUCCUCAGCAACAAGAACAACCAGCAGAUCCAGGAGAUCCCCAUCUCCUGCACCUCGGUGCCCAUCUCCACGUCCAACCUGCUCAACACCUCCGGCAACGGCACCAACCCCAGCGCCAUGUCCCUGCCCAUGCCGACCAUGGGCCUUCACGGCUCCAUCAAGGGCUUCAUGGCCCAGAACCAGAACCCCCAGAUGGAACCGCUGCUCUUCAAGGGGAACUCCAAGGAGAACGUCCAGGAGACUCAGAUCUAGAAGAGACGGGGACGAGACGGAUAGCUCGAGAGCGGGGGAGAAGGAGAGAGUGAGCGAGACGGAGACGGCGCCGGAGAGAAGGGGCGCUGGAGUGGAACACAGAGAGGGGUUUGAUGCUGUGUUGGAAAAUCAUUGACAUCACACCAAGAGAGGAGAGACGCUGCAAUACUCAAACACACAGACUGCUCAGUGUCCCCACAAAACUGUCACAACGGCCCCUUUGUGUCUGUAGUGAAGCUAGUGGCUGCGGAGCUAACGGGACUUUGCUAAAAUGUAAAUCUGUGCCAAAGCAACUGUCUCAGUUGUACUCUAAUAGGGAACAUAGCCUUUCCUGUAGCUCCCUGUGUUUAAUAUUGGCCAGCCCAGACGAAAGACAUUCUCCCCAGAGACACUAAGGACAUUAGGGUACACCAUUGUAGAGAAACUUCUCUUUUCAAGGCCCAAUCUGUCUCAAACUCACCUGGUAGGCUCCAUGUUCAUGGUAAUUAUGACGUCAUAACAGAAGGACAGGCGGGUACAACCUACUGUGAAAAAUACACAAAUUAUAUAAAUAUAUUUUCAUUUGAAUAUGUAACAUUGCAGGCUCCAAUGCAGAGAUAUUUUGCGGUGGACGUGCGCUGGUAUCGUUUGUUUCUUUGUGACUAAGCAGGGGCGGCGAGGGGGGUGGGAGAAUAUAUGAAACAUGUUUUGAGUUUGGCUACUUCUCAGAAACAUAAGGGCUCAAUCGCAACACUCAUCGUGAAUCUUUGAAUUGGCUUAGUGACAUGAACUCCAUUUAGGUUGUAGGACGGUAAAAACGCAAAUCUCUGUUUGACAAACUUUUGUCUGUUGCUUCAGCUGUAGUCAUCACAAACUUUUUGUGUUCUGAGAGUAUAUUAUGUAUUUUGUAAAAGCCAGCUUCUUGGUUUUGGAAAUGAAAGCUCCGAUCCUUCAAAGCCAGCAACUGAAAAAGUUUAAAUGAUGUUCCACAAGCAGACGCCGUGAGGUCAUCUGACGCAGUGACCUAUAUGGGCAGAGAAAGUGGUGACAGUGUGUUAUUGAAUCUGACCAGUAGGCAGAACUUUGCUUUUUGAAAGAAAUGUGAUCUCUUUGCUGUCAUAGGAUGGACCAGCAGUAUUCAAGGAAGGAUGUGACGUCCUUAUUUGGUCGACUUGAUUGAACGAAUGGAAAUGUACAGUAUAAUAAUAAUAGUAAUGUUUGGUUGUACCACAAUUGUAAGAUUCACAUUUUUACAGUGUAACUUUCAUAUGUUAAAAAAGACCAUUUACGCUUCUUGCGUUCCCGCGAUGUAUUCCUUUAUUUUGGUUAGUUUGAUAUAAUGUGUUUAGUUGUCUAGCCAUGUAUCAUUACGUGUGAAAUAAAUCAAUCAUAUAUUGG